AUGGUAAGCGCGCUUGAAAAGGCAAAGCGAGAGAAAAUCAAUGCUCUCCAUUCACAACUCGCCACGAAAGUAGAAAGCUACGAGGAGAGUAUCCGCAACCACCGUGCCUCCAUCUACCGCCUAAUCGUGGAACUCCCCCCCUCCUCCUCUCUCGCAUCUCCCCCUUCUCUCUCCUCAGUCGCUCUUGCUCUACCCGAAGCUCCGUCGACGACACCAGGACUGGACGCAGCGAGGAAGUGCGAACCGAAUCAGUGCACCUUGCCCUACUGCUUCUGCUCCUCUGACGGCACGAAACCGCCCAAAGACAUGGACCCCAAAGACAUGAUCGUCGUGACGUUCGACGACGCGGUGAACCUGAACAACUACGAGAAGUACCUGAGGGUGUUCCGCGGCCGGGCGAACCCGAACGGGUGCCCCACGAGGGGCACCUUCUUCGUCACCCACGAGUACUCCAACUACCACAUGAUUCAGGAUCUGUACGCGCAGGGGCACGAGAUCGCGCUGCACACUGUCACGCACAGCACGGGACUGGAGAACGAGAACUACGAGACGUGGACGAACGAGAUGAUCGGGAUGCGGGACAUCCUCCGCCGAUUCGCCAACGUCUCCGUGGAGGAUCUGCUCGGGAUGAGGGCGCCGUUCAUCAUGCCGGGGAGGAACGCGCAGUACGAGGUGCUGCGGGACUUCAAGCUCGCCUACGACUCGAGCAUCGGCGUGCCCCCGUCCCCAGUCCCCGUCUGGCCCUACACCCUGGACUAUCAGAUCCCGCACGAGUGCAAGGCGGGGACCUGCCCCACCAACUCCUUUCCAGGUCUCGGUUUCUCUUCCGUUUAUCUGCCGACGGUCGCGAACGCAGCCGAUAAAAAGGCAACGAUCAUCCGUUGCAACGCUAUUCUUCCGCAUUUCCCACGUCGACCUUCAGGUGACGAACGACUUCCGCGUGGAGGCAUCCGGAGACGACGGAAUGUCGCCCGGCUUCGGGCAGAGAGACAGGGGGAGUCCUUGGCAGAGGCACAUUCGCACGCGCCGUUUCUCUCUUUGCUCGGGGGCAUGGACAUGGGCAUGGGCAUGGGCAUCGGGAGGGUGUCGUACUGGGGAUGGUGCAGCUGUUGCCAACGAUUGCAUGUCGGAGGCCCGAUUCGGAUGGUUGCGGGCAUCUGGGAGCUGCCCUUGAACGCCCACUACGUUUCCGACUACGACGGGGGUCACUGCCCGUUCCUGGACCAGUGCGUACUGUUCAACCACGAGCCCAAAGACAUUCUCCAAUGGCUGAAGGAAGACUUCCUUCGGUACUACAACAAAAACAGGGCUCCCUACCACAUGUCCUUCCACACCAACUGGUUCCAACAGCCGAAGCUGGAGGAUGGGCUCGGGUUGUUUCUGGACUGGGCUCUCCAACAGCCUAAUGUAUACAUGGUGACAGCCACCCAAGCCCUAUUAUGGGUCACUGAGCCAGCUGAUAUAUCUCAGAUAAAAAAUUUUGAGCCAUGGGACUGCAAGAAGCUGCCAAAACGAGGAAAACCCUGCAACAACCCAGUCAAGUGUGGUCCACUUCUUUUCAAGACAGAAAACUACACUGGUUCCAGGUACAUGACGACAUGCUUCGAAUGUCCCCGUGUUUAUCCCUGGCUCACAAACUCUGCCGGAUCGGAAUAUUCCAAGGCCGACAUCUACCGACCGGAAAUCAUUCAGCAGGUUCAUGCCAAGACCAAUUAA